UUACUGACUUUAUAGUUCUUUGGUCCUAGAAAUUUCGCUAUCCAUAAACAAAUUCCUGGUUUCAAAUUCAUAUUCUAAAGUCUUAUCUUGAUAAACACAUCGAAAAAUUAAAAGCUAUAAUUACAUUCGUUUCUGUGUUCCUUCUUCACAAGAAACAGAUCAAGAACACAAAGAAAGAGAGAGAGUUUUUUUUAAAGCUAGAAAAGAAGAUGGAGAAUGUAUUGAAUCCAGAUGAAAACGAAGAUAGAGUUUAUCAUCAUCAAUUAUCCAUUGACCCAAAUGAUCAAUCAACAUCAGAGACUCCGGUUUCCUUAACGAUGAGCGUGGAUUCUUUUGUUUAUCCUCGAACUUGUUCAGAGAGUACUUCAGGCUUCUCAGACCAAAUAGAUGAAACCAACAGCUCCUGUAGUGAACCUUCUCCCUGUGAUUGGCCUGUCCUCACUGAAUCUAAGAGCUCUAAAUAUCUCACUACAGGUUUAGAGCUUCAAAGAGAUGAAAAUCUUGUAGCUCAAGAAAUCUCAGAACCAGAACUUGAGACAAUGAAGGAAAGAUUUGCGAAGCUUCUACUUGGAGAAGAUAUGUCAGGAAGUGGUAAAGGAGUCUGCACUGCAGUGACCAUCUCUAAUGCUAUUACCAAUCUUUAUGCUACAGUGUUUGGCCAGAAUCUGAGACUAGAGCCGUUAGAAACAGAGAAGAGAGCAUUGUGGAAGAGGGAAAUGAAUUGUCUUUUAUCUGUAUGUGAUUACAUAGUUGAGUUCAUUCCUAGAUGUCAAAGUCUAAGCAAUGGAACUACUGUUGAGGUGAUGGAGAGUAGACCAAGAGCAGAUAUUUAUAUGAACUUACCUGCAUUAAGAAAGCUAGACUCUAUGCUUAUGGAAGUGUUGGAUGGUUUUCAGAACACAGAGUUUUGGUAUGCAGAAGAAGGAAGCCUGUCAAUGAAAUCUGCACGUUCUGCAACUGGAUCGUUCAGGAAAGUUAUAGUACAGAGGAAAGAAGAGAAAUGGUGGUUACCAGUUCCUCUGGUUCCUCCAGAAGGUUUGUCAGAUAAAACAAGAAAACAACUCAAGAACAAGAGAGAGAGUACUAAUCAGAUACACAAAGCUGCCAUGGCUAUCAACAGUAGCAUCCUCAGUGAGAUGGAGAUUCCAGAGUCUUACAUGUCAACUCUCCCAAAGUGUGGGAAAAGUAGUGUUGGUGAUUCAAUAUACCGCUACAUGAGUGCUUCUGGUCGGUUUUUCCCAGAGAAACUCUUAGAUCGUCUGAACAUAGCAUCUGAGCACGAAGCUGUGCAGUUAGCAGAUAGAGUAGAAGCUUCAAUGUACACAUGGAGACGCAAAGCUUGUCUAAUUAACUCCAAGAACUCAUGGAACAUGGUGAAAGAUCUUAUGUCAACUACAGAGAGAACAGACAAGAACUAUGUAAUGGCAGAGAGAGCAGAGACUCUGCUCUUCUGUUUGAAACAGCGUUACCCAGAGUUGUCUCAGACAUCAUUAGAUAUAUGCAAGAUUCAGUACAAUAAGGAUGUUGGGAAAGCAGUGUUGGAGAGCUAUUCAAGAGUACUUGAAGGGUUAGCUUUUAACAUAGUUGCUUGGAUUGAUGAUGUUCUCUAUGUAGACAAAACCAUGAGCGGUUGUGAAUAAGUUGUUACUUUUACUUUUGACUUGAGUUUUUCUAUGUUUCUUCUUGUCCUUCUGUUCUCAUCUUCUGUAGAUCAGAUCAAUGUAAAAUCUACUUAUAUAAAGUUUCCCCCAAAAA